CUCAAAAAUAUCCCUUCCCAAAACCUCAGCACCCAUCGUCCAUCACCAAUCAUACCRUCGAUUUCCAAAAUCCGUAUCCUCUUCUCGAACUUCUGAAGAACGAAUGCAAGCAAUUGCCCGAUUGUUCCACAUCGACAUCACGAUUCGACCAUGACGGAUGAACCAAUCGUAAAACGAGCGAAACUAGACGACAACGACGAUGACAACAAUAUGGAAGAACUAGUCCAUACGGUCUGGGAACACUACCGGAAUUUCUUGGAUUCCUUGGACGGCGACGAAGACGGAGAGAUCGAUGAGCUCCAGGAACUCAUCGAGAUUGCAACGGAUCAGAUUUCAAAGCCAAAACUUCCGGAGGGAAAGGAAGGCACAAACAACUCGAUCGACUCUAUCGAGGUUGUGUGUCCGGCGUGGCAAUCGAGAGGAACAAUGGUCCACGUCCUGCUGAGCGUCGCCUGCUACCACCUCGCCGACGUUGCCAUUUCYGAAUACCUGGCGAUGGUGCAGCAGCAGCAACACGACUCCCCUGCGAGCGGCACCGAYCGAGCGGGGUCCGAAGRGGUUGUCGCCGCUCGCGACCGUGCCAAAAGCCUGCUCGUCMRGUCCCUCGAAUGGUAUCCGUACAACGCCGCGACCUGGUCGAUGGGCGCCAAUUUCGGGCGGAUGUCGCAGUCGCUCUCGCUGGGAGCGGCGAGAAACUGGUACGAAAUGGCGGUCCGAACAUCGACCGUGCUGAGAGAACAAGCACUGGCUGCCGUAGAAGACGAAUCCAUCCCCAACGAAGAAAAGGAAUGGAUCGAACUSCUGGUUCUCAAUCAAAUCGURGGGGUCCAAUACGAAACGGAAGAAGAUGACGAAGUCGAUGGCUGUGGMGGCGAUGAUGAAAAUCCCGGGGGUGAUCUCGGCRAAACCAAUGACGAAAUGGAAAGCAACGAAGCGGAAAAUGACAAUCACGGAAGCGARAAAGAAGCACAGAACAUCGRCGAAGGUGAAGAUGCUCCGGAAACGGAUGRCGACCAYGAUGAUGCGGGUUGGUAUUCGUCGUCGUCCAUCGAAGCAACGUCGAGGUUYAUGUGUGCCAUGCUGUGCUCGAUGAAUGGCGAUCACGAUAGAGUGUUGGCCCAUUUGGAAUCCUUUCGAUUGACCCAUCGGCUCCACCCGAAUGUGUGGAAGAUAAGUCCGUCGAUACCAGAAAAAACACCGGUUCCCGCCGCUCUGGCCGAACCUCCCGUGGUGUUCCAGCCUGCCRGAGGCGUGCUUCCCCCUCRCCUGUACAAUGCCAUGACYAAGGYCUUUGCUCCGACAGCUGCAUUCUGGAAAGAGACCGAUUAUGCUUCGAGGGGGUACUUUUCGUUUUUCCACGAAUACGAUGCCGCGAAUAAAAAGCAACGACCAUGCAAUCUAAUAGAGGAAGUCGUCGUCRAUCACCUGAUGCCGCGUGCCCAGCAGUGCCUGGACAACACAGCAGCAGCAGCGAAAGACGGAGCKACCAGUCCUAAAAUAUGUGGAUUCGAGUGGUGGGCUCAUACCCGCCCCAUCAAAGCCAAUCUCGGUCACAAUUUGCACUUCGACACGGACGAGUCGAUGCUCGAUCAGGAGGGUAAGGUAACCCAUCCCGUGCUGUCUUCUGUCUUGUAYCUGACCGGAGCGCAAGACGGAAACCCAGAAACAAGUGCGUCGUCUCCUGCCGGUGCGACUAUCGUGCUAGACGAAACCCCGGACUCGACAAGUAUYGGAGAUUGUUGCUGGCGGUGUAUUCCCAAAGACAAUGCCUUCCUCGUUUUCCCCGGAAACAAGCUUCACGGAGUUUUGCCGUGCCCGGGAASCAAGACCCAGGAUGAACGAGAAAGUGACAACGAAACCCGUUCKAUGGACAUCGACGGAUUGAUACACGACUGGCAAGAUCUCGAGGCCAAGACAUCGGUUGGKGCAUCRCCUACCGGUUCGGACGAGGCUGCUGCGCCAAACAGGUUGACCUUCAUGGUUGGGUUCUGGACCAGAAACGUUCCCGCCACCAUGAAACACCGCUCUCUGUAUGGUCCGUGUGGCCCUCUCCCUCCCUCCACAGAAGAACAUUCCUGGGUGGGGGAUAUUGCCCGUGACUACGACAAUCAGGCCGCGGAGGAACGUCYCGUUGCGGACAAGACCAUGACYGCSACAGCCAUACCCCGGGUGUCACCGGCAUGGGAAUUGAUCGAAAAUGAGGAAGACGGGGAACCAAAUGCUGAAAACGGUCCGUCUCUCACCRUUCCGCACGGAAUUGACCAUCGGUUUUUCGUUCGGAAUGCUCCAGUUUGCUUUCGUGAGAGUCUGUUCGAAGAUAGAGAAACAAAACACUAAUCAUGCCAAAAGCUAGUAGAGUGAGAGCUAGUUCACAUUCCUCGAGCAUUGAAGACUCCUAAACAGAAGUCCCAAUACUUUUUCUUUUUAAAAUAGAAGUACUACAUAUAU